GUCCAGGCCCCUUGUGGUAAUGGCGAGAUAAGGACUUGCAGGACAUACACGUGGGCCUCAUGAUCAGCGACUAGUCAUGGGACUCGCCUCCCUCGUUCCUUUCCAGAUUUGGAUAUCACCACCCUGAGGUUCUGGACCUUUGGCCCCUACGUACCAUUGCUCACAGGGAGCUUAGGUCAUUGCGACUCGGUGGAUACCGGCGACUGCAGGAAGAGAUGGUAAAGGGUGAAUGGCACCGGCGGAUGGCGGUCGGAGAGCUGGCAAAGCAUUAACGCGGCCAUGUACUGAUUUUGUACAGUGUAAUCCAUUGUACGCUCCGUCAUAUGCCAACGGGCACAGAUACGGAGUUAAAAAUGUUACACACACACGCACACACACACUCAACAGGGUACAUUCUCAUUCGGCCACGCCACCGUGGCACACCGCCUGUACUGUUAUGGACUUUUCUUGUGCGAGUUUGAACAAAGACCCCCCUUACGGGGAUUACUCAUCCCCAUACUAUACUACAUCGGCCACCCCGGGUCGAUGCCCGCGAAACAGAAUAAUGGACCCAGAUGCGAUCGCUGCGUUGCAUGAAAUCGUUAAUGCGCAAGUGCUCUUCUGGGUUGUCAUUGCGUUCGAUCCCUCACGCAUGCCUCACGCCCACAUCCACAUGACCACCGCUGUACUGCGUACAUUAAUGAUGAGCCGACUGUGGGCAUCACGCGGUUUUUUGUUUCUCAACGUGUUGGCUAUUUCCGGCGGUCUUCUGUCUUCUCUGUUGGGGCAGAGUCAUGUCCGCUGGCCCAAGCCGGGCCUAGAGGACCGAAACAUUGGCGCGAACUAAACUCGGGCCCCAAAGCAGACCAUGAUAUUUGGUCACACAGAUCCAAACGUGCAUCAUAGCUCUGAUCCGUAUAUAUAGUGGUGAAUCAGCACCCACACGAACCCCAUGUCUUGCGUUGAAUGUUUCAUGUAGGACUUUCCAGGGGCAACAAUAGAUAGUUUGAAAUAACAACACAAAAAGCUGCAAACCAGAAACGGUCUACUGUUCGCUUACCCAAUGC